AAUUGUCUUAUCUCUAGUCCUUCCUCUCUAAUCUGCCUUCAGAGCGUGGAGCUGCCCCUGUGUUCGCCCCCUGGCCGCUCCGCUUGCACUCACUGCCUCCUCUCUUUCCCCAGGAAACCUUCUCAUGGCUGCAGAGCUGCCCCUAAAGCAAAACUAGAGGCGAAGCCAGCCAGCAGCCCCUUCCCCUCCCAUCCCAGCCUGGCCCAGAUCACCCAGUUCCGAAUGAUGGUGUCUCUGGGACAUUUGGCCAAAGGAGCCAGCCUGGACGAUCUCAUCGAUAGCUGCAUUCAAUCCUUUGAUGCAGAUGGAAACCUGUGUCGAAGUAACCAACUGCUGCAAGUCAUGCUGACCAUGCAUCGAGUUAUCAUUUCCUCUGCGGAACUGCUCCAAAAAGUGAUCGCCCUGUAUAAGGACGCCUGGGCCAAGAAGUCACCAGGGCUGUGCCUGAAGAUCUGCUACUUCGUAAGGUACUGGAUAACGGAAUUCUGGACCAUGUUUAAAAUGGAUGCCAGCUUGACAAACACCAUGGAGGAGUUUCAGGAACUGGUGAAGGCUAGUGGGGAGGAGUUACACUGCCGCCUGAUCGACACAACUCAAAUCAAUGCCCGUGACUGGUCCAGGAAACUUACUCAAAGGAUAAAAUCGAACACCAGCAAGAAACGGAAAGUUUCCCUGCUCUUUGACCACCUGGAACCAGAAGAGCUGUCGGAGCACCUCACCUACCUGGAGUUUAAGUCCUUCCGGAGGAUCUCCUUCUCCGACUACCAGAAUUACGCGGUGAACAGCUGUGUGAAGGAGAACCCCACCAUGGAGCGGUCCAUCGCCCUGUGCAACGGCAUCUCCCAGUGGGUGCAGCUGAUGGUGCUCAGCCGCCCCACCCCGCAGCUCCGAGCUGAGGUCUUCAUUAAGUUCAUCCAGGUGGCUCAGAAGCUCCACCAACUACAGAACUUCAAUACUUUGAUGGCUGUGAUAGGCGGCCUGUGUCACAGCUCCAUCUCCAGGCUCAAGGAGACAAGCUCACACGUCCCCCACGAAAUCAACAAGGUCCUGGGUGAGAUGACUGAGCUGCUGUCCUCCUGCAGAAACUAUGACAACUACCGGCGAGCCUAUGGGGAGUGCACCCACUUCAAGAUCCCCAUCCUGGGGGUGCACCUCAAGGACCUCAUCUCCCUGUAUGAAGCCAUGCCCGACUACCUAGAGGAUGGGAAGGUGAACGUCCACAAGCUGCUGGCCCUUUACAAUCAUAUCAACGAACUGGUCCAGCUGCAGGAGGUGGCCCCGCCCUUGGAGGCCAACAAGGACUUGGUGCACCUGCUGACGUUAUCCCUCGAUCUCUAUUACACUGAGGAUGAAAUCUACGAGCUCUCCUAUGCCCGGGAACCAAGGAACCACAGAGCCCCCCCACUAACACCUUCAAAGCCACCAGUAGUAGUGGACUGGGCCUCUGGAGUAUCUCCCAAACCUGACCCAAAGACUAUAAGCAAGCACGUCCAGCGGAUGGUGGAUUCUGUCUUCAAGAACUAUGAUCAUGACCAAGAUGGAUACAUUUCUCAGGAAGAAUUUGAAAAAAUUGCUGCGAGUUUUCCGUUUUCCUUCUGUGUGAUGGACAAAGACAGGGAAGGCCUCAUCAGCCGGGACGAGAUCACGGCCUACUUCAUGAGGGCCAGCUCCAUCUACUCCAAGCUGGGCCUGGGCUUUCCUCACAACUUCCAAGAGACAACCUACCUGAAGCCUACUUUCUGUGACAACUGUGCUGGAUUUCUCUGGGGAGUGAUCAAACAAGGAUAUCGAUGUAAAGACUGCGGGAUGAACUGCCACAAACAAUGCAAAGAUCUGGUUGUGUUCGAGUGCAAGAAGCGAGCCAAGAACUCAGCAGCUCUCACAGACAAUAGCACCGCUGUGGGGCCAACGUUCAACCUCUGCUCAUUGGGAGCCAAAGACCUGCUCCAUGCACCUGAGGAUGGACCUUUUCCAUUCCCUAAUGGGGAGGCUGUGGAACAAAGUGAAGAAAGUAAAGAUCGGACCAUCAUGCUCAUGGGAGUGUCCUCACAGAAGAUUUCUGUUCGGCUGAAGAGGACUGUCGCCCACAAGGCCACCCAGACCGAAGCACUGCAUUGGAUGGGCAGCGAGGGCCCUUCUGGUCCUUUUGCGCUAUCUUCCCCAAGGAAGACAGCCCAGGACACUCUGUACGUGCUUCCUAGUCCUACGUCUCCAUGCCCCAGCCCAGUCUUGGUCAGAAAGCGGGCUUUUGUAAAGUGGGAGAAUAAAGACUCCUUCAUGAAAUCAAAGGAGGAACUCCGCCACCUCAGACUCCCAACUUACCAAGAGCUGGAACAGGUCUUGACAUUUUACAUGUCCAUGAAAAGGAACAAUGUAGAUGGCAACAAUGACUUCCUGAUGCAAGAAAUGGGUGGUAGAGAGAUUUCAGAUGAGGAAAUAAAUACACUGAAAGCAGAUAAUGAUGCUCUAAAGAUCCAACUGAGAUAUGCACAGAAGAAAAUAGAAAGCCUCCAACUUGCAAAAAGCAAUCAUGUCUUAGCUCAGAUGGAACAGGGUGACAGUUCUUAGCCCAGAAACUCAAGGAGCACAAUCUGUAGAUAAAUGGAUCAGAGAUCUCAUUUCCCAAACCAGUUAACACAAAGAUUGGGGAAGCUUAGAGUGACCAGCUUUAAAGGGGGUACUUUAAAAAGGAAAAGCUAGUCUCUCCCCCCACCACACCCCCCGGCAAUGUGUGAUACUGUUUUCUCUUCCAGUCAGUUGAAUCAAAGGGGAGGAAAACUGAAAAAUGCAAAAUUUUUGCCAUUCAUACCACUAACAUUUUCCCCUGAGACUAAGGGCAAAAGUAUGAAAAAACAUGACUAUAGUUUCCUGACAAGGUAGCCUCUCCUAUGUGGCCUGCCUGGCUGCUUCUUCCUCAGAACUAAAAUCUCUGGAAAAUGAAUUUGCUUCCUUCCCUGGGGUUUUCUGUAAACUGGGGAAUUUACUUUGUUCCACUCAAAGCUUAUUUAUAAUUUUAAAGUAGAUUCACUUCCUCUACAUUCCAGCAUUCUUUAUGAAUCUGGUUCCCGAUUCACUACCUCAAAUCUAAUCAAUUAGCCCCUCCCACCCCCAUCCUUCCUCACCGUGCUCAUCAUAUACACAAGGAUAUCUACCUAGAGCUGAACUUCUAGAAUGUAAGUACAAAUUGUGGAGGCCUAUUCAGCAACAUGACAUUAUCCAGUUGUAUAUCAACUAAUAGUUUUAGUCACAAAGUCAUAAUAAAAUAAGUAAUCAAAUUAAAUACCUGAAAACAUGACUAUUACCAUUUUAUACAUGACUAAUUAGCUAAAAUAAACGUAAUGCAAACAUGUCUGUCCUCUACAGUGGAUAGAAUUAGGACUUUAUGGCUAUUUUUUUUAAAAACAGAGUCUGCUUAGCUCUUCAUGUGCCAUCUUUACCCUUUUUUAAGUAACUUUUUGAGCUGAAGUUGUGCUUACCAGUAUACUGCCUUCACUAUUAAUACCAUUUAGAAAUAAGCUAAUUGGAUCAGAGCCUUCAAUAACAGCUGACAGCGUGUAUAUAUGUGUAUAUAUUAUGUAUAUACAGUAUCAGGCGUGCAUGUGACUUGGAAUUUUGUUUCCCCCUUCAUAAAAUGUGGAAGUGAAUUAAACAACUUUUAGUCAUUUACAUAAAUUCACAAAUAUAAGUUCAGUUUGUUAUAAGAUGAAGAAUUUACUCACAAUGUAAAUUGUAUUGUUUGUAACCUCACAAGUAAGAGCCCUGUGAGUUAUCUAUUAAUGAAAGUUAAUGAUAAAUGGGCUCAUUUAGUUGUCUGGGCAACUGAUCACAAACUCCUCUGUUAGACUAUUUCUCUAAAAAAGUCCAAUGAUCAUUUUCUUUUCUUUUUUUGGGGGGUGGGGGGGGGGCGACUUACCUUCCAUGCUUAGAAAGCCUGGUACAAAACUGAUUUGAAAUUCAUAAACAAGUUGAACAACAUGCCAAGAAUAUAAUCCCAGCCUUGAGAAGUUCCAAACCUAAAGCCAACAACACCAAGUCUUAGAGUACAAAGUACAUAUACAUAGUAUAGCUUCCUUGGAGGAUUCAGACCAUUUAAGAAGUUAAUUUGAUGACAGACUAGUUCCUAUCUGCAUACCUCCUUAUACUGAGCUUUAGUGACAAAGCUAGUGACUAGUUUUCCUUUGUGUUUUAAAAAAUCACUUUACACACAGACUUAAAUCUCACCACCUAAUAUGUGAACUUAUAGAAGCUACUCUACUAUGCCACUUACAUUAUAUGGAACAUGAGUUUAUGAUCAUCUUUAAAAUUCAUAUUCUUCACUAUUAUCCUUUUCCUCUGAUAUAAACCAAAAAUAGUACAGCUCAAUUUUCUUUACACAUAGCCACAUAACAAUAAUUUUUUCAUUUUUCUUCCCCUCCACCCAAAAUACAGAUUCCAGGUUAGUUUCUAUGUAAAUAAUCUGUAAUCUAUAGGAAUUCAAAAGGUCAGUCCUCUUAGUUAGUCAAAUUAACAUGGCUAAAGAAUCUUACCCCUGAAUGGAUAGGAAGCAGUAAUUUCAUCACAGGUUUUUACAGCCCACCUAGGGCCAAAGAAGUAGUGUGUAAAUUAGUAUUAUUUGUGUGGAAUCUACAGAAAUAAUCUGGAAUAGACUUUUAUUGUUAAGCCUAGAAUACAAAUUUCUGUGUCUUGUACUGACUUGAAUAAGUUUGGGCAUAUAUUUAUCUGCCAAAACAACGACAAGUUUUGUUUUGUUAACAGCAAUGUCACUUCUCAUUCUCUUUGGUAAUUGACUUGACUUUUUACUGGUUGUGAAUUUCUGUCUAAAGAUGUAUUAUGUAAAAGAACUACAAGGAAAAAACAAAUGUACAGAUUGUAAAGUUUUUUAUAUCUAUUGUAAGUUUUCUUUGUGUAAUAUUUAUAUGAUAAAAGACAUUAGGAUCCCUAUA